UAAAAUACCAAAAGAUGGUAAUCAGUGGCAAGUUUUCAUUAAAAAGGAUCCAAAACAUAUAAUUGGAGCGAUUAAGUUGUUUGAAUACAAAAAUAAUACUGCUAAGAAGUCGGAAGUAGAUGGUAAAAUAAAAGAGGCAAAUGAUAGCAAUAAAGCUAAAAAAGAUGACUUAUGGGAUAAAAGUAAUGAUAAGCACCUUGGUGAAUUUGUUUACAAGCUUGCUGAAGGACAAAGCGGUGAUUCUCUAAUUAAAAGUCAAAUUACAGAUGUUCCUGGUGGUGGAAACGGCGGCAAUACAGACCAAGAAACUCCUUGA